AUGCUUGUACGGGAAUAUUUCACUCGAGUCCUUUGUCGGUGUGUGCUUUUUUGCCUGCCUUUGCAUGACAUAUUAUGUACAAGAUGGAAGUCUGUAAACAAAAGCCUCUCUCCACGAUGGCUAAACGAAAGAAGGUCUUCAUUCAUUUGCUUCUCCAGAAGCAACCAUUCAUCCUGUCUGUCUGUCUCUGUAUCUCUGUCUGUCUGUCUGUCUCUGUGUCUCUGUCUGUCUGUCUGUCUCUGUCUGUCUAUGUGUCUCUGUCUGUCUGUCUGUCCGUCUCUCUCCUUAUCAUUUUUCUCCUCAUCGUUUCUUACAAGUCUUUCCAUCAUCUACCGAUCGACCUCUGUCUACCGAUCUAAGUAUAUGUUUUUUUCGUAUGUAUCUCGUACUAUCUGCUGUUCUAAUCCUUUUCUUCUCAUAACAAUACAACCAACUCUUUCUAACAUCUAUCUAUCUAUCUAUCUAUCUAUCUAUCUAUCUAUCUAUCUAUCUAUCUAUCUAUCUGUUAUGUAUUUUAUCUAUCUAUCUAUCUAUCUAUCUAUCUAUCUAUCUAUCUCAGUAUUUUAUUCAUCUAUCUCAGUAUUUUGUCUAUCUAUCAAUCUCAGUAUUUUAACUUAUGUCAGUAUAUUAUCUAUCAAUUUAUCUAUCUAUCUCAGUAUUUUAUCUAUUUAUCUAUCUCAGUAUUUUAUCUAUCUAUCUAUCUCGUAUUUUAUCUAUCUAUCUAUCUCAGUAUUUUAUCUAUUUUCAGUAUUUUAUCUAUCUGUCUGUCUAUCUAUGUAUAUCAGUAUUUUAUCUAUCUAUCUAUCUAUCUAUCUAUCUAUCUAUCUCAUAUUUUAUUUAUCUAUCUAUCUAUCUAUCUAUCUGUCUGUCUCUCCUCAUUUCUUAUUGUUUAUGUCUAUAUUCCUGCCCCGACACCUACCUAGCUAUCAAUCAAAACUGGUUCUUAUCUAUCUAUCUAUCUAUCUAUCUAUCUAUCUAUCUAUCUAUCUAUCUAUCUAUCUAUCCCAGCUUCUUCAUCUAUCUAUCUAUCUAUCUAUCUAUCUAUCUAUCUAUCUAUCUAUCAAAGUCAUCAUUAUCUAUCUAGCUCAAAUCUUCAUUAUCUAUCUAAGUUUUUUUUCAUAUACGUAUAUUUAUCUUUGUUCAUAUCUAUCUAUUCUGUUCAUAUUUAUGUGCCUAUCUAUCUAUUUCAGUUUUUUCAUAUAUGUCUGUUUUUUUUUCAUAUCUAUCUAUCUAUCUAUCUAUCUAUCUAUCUAUCUAUCUAUCUAUCUAUCAGUCCUCCACUGCGUCGUCGGCCAUGUGAGGCGACUAUUCAGCUGCGUUCUAUGGCCACAUGUGGAGCUGGCUUGCUGCACGUGGAUGUGCCUGGCCAGAACUUCGCAACCAUAUGAGACUUAA